GUGAAAAAGCUUAGAAAGCAGAUCACCCAUCUGACAGGGACUUGCCAGUGAUUACGAACAGCCGAGCUUUCAAUAGGAAAUGGCCAGCUACCUGUCAGACCUGAUUCAGUAUCGGAGGCUAUUUCAAAUGAUGCUUGUGCUGGGAAUUGGUGGAAACCUCUUACCAGGUUUUCACCUUUCUGUGAUCAACUACCCUUCCAUGCACAUUAAGAGGUUUAUCAACAAAACCUGGCUGGAGCGAUAUGGCUUUCCCCUCCCUCAGGAGACCAUCACAUUGCUGUGGUCCCUCAUUGUGUCUAUCUACUGUGUAGGGGGACUACUUGGGUGUCUGUGUAGUGGAUACCUGUUUGUGAAAUAUGGAAAAAAGAAAUGUCUGUUGUGCAACAAUAUGCUCAUAAUAGUAGCUGCCUUGCACAUGGGCUUCAGUAAGACUGCCAAGUCUUUUGAGAUGAUUCUGAUUGGACGCUUCCUCUAUGGCAUCAGUGCAGGUGUAUGUUUGAACGCACAUAGUCAAUACCUAGGAGAAAUUUCACCGAAGAAGCUGCGUGGAUUUGCAAACACCAAUGCUCUUGUGUUUUUGACACUAGGAAAAGUUUUAGGGCAAAUUAUGGGAUUAAGAGUGUUUUUAGGAACCGAAUCCUUGUGGCCUUUGCUGUUGGCCGUAUGUGGAAUUGCAGCAUUUGUCCAGCUAGUCUCUUUGCCAUUCUUCCCUGAGUCCCCACCCUACCUUUUGAUGCAAAAGGAAGACACUGAAGGUUGUUUGAAAGCCAUGAAGGAGCUCUGGGGUGAAGGGGAUCAUCAAGCAGACUUUGAUGACAUGAUGAAGGAGAAGGCAGCAAUGAAAAGCAUCAAAACCAUGAGUGUCCUGGAAGUGAUGAAAGAACCAGCCUUGCGUUGGCAGUUAUAUAUAAUGAUUCUCCUUAUGAUGAGUAUACAGCUUUGUGGCUUGAGUGCAAUCUACUUUUAUACCUUUGAAGUGUUCCGCGCAGCCAGAUUGGAUGAAGACCUUAUUCCAUAUAUAGCAUUAGGAGUUGGGAUCUGUGAAUUCUUCUCUAACAUCCUGUGUAGCUUCAUCAUUGACCGGUUUGGCAGGCGGAUGCUGUUAUGGGGUGGUUAUGGCUUGAUGGCAGGGAUGAUGGCAUUCCUAGUAACAGCUCUCUCACUGCAGAAUCAGUUCUCCUGGAUGGCCUCCUGCAGUGUUAUUCUCAUAUUUUUGUUCAUUAUCGCCUAUGGAAUUGGACCAUCUGGGGCAGUCACAUCUGUCAUGAUGGAAAUCUUCAACCAGUCAGCUCGAUCAUCUGCCUUUGUGAUUGCUGGGACCAUUGGCUGGAUGGGCCUCAUGGUAAUUGGGAUGAUAUUCCCCUUCACUGUGGAGGCCCUCGGUCCCUUCUCCUUCCUCAUCUUUGUGGGCGUUCUUGUCAUCUCAGGGAUUUUUUCCUACCUGCUCCUUCCAGAGACAAAGGGGAAGUCGAUCAUGGAAAUCACAGAGAUGUUCAGUACAAUAUAUUUUGGGAAGAAACUUUUACUGAUUGCGGGGAAGAAUUCCCCUGUGGAACACACCUUCUGCACCAAGUUCUGACUGGCCAGCAGAGUCAGAUUUCAUUGACACAAUGUACUGUCAAGAUCAAAUUGGAAGCUGAAUGCACUAACAGAGACUGUUUUAUAAUAAAAUCUUAUUUGAAAAAUAA